AGCCGCCGUCGUCUUCGCGUAUCGCCCCGCGCAGCGCGCCAUUCAAAGCCUGGCCGGCGGGCAUCGCCGACGCGUCUUCUGUAAACGCGCCCCUCCGACGCUUCUCCUACCUUUACCCGCCCAAAACCAGAACCAGCAGAGUGGCGUUGCUCGACGUAUCGGCCAGAAGGGCAGUACACGCUCACGCAUAGCGCAGUCUCGUCCUCCGUUCUUCGUAAAGAGUAGUCACCUUCGUUCCGCAUACCACGCAGCGCACUCCGUCGAAGAAGGCAUCGCAGUCACCGGCAGUCGCCUUAUUCGAUUCGACCCCAACCCCGUGACCCGGAAAAGCCCGAUUCAAGAAGAAGACAUCGAAACUUCUUUCUUUCUUCGGCAAGGUGGACGUACAAUUAGGUUGCCGUGGAUAGCGCGGGAAAUAUCGGAGGGCUACGUCGACUCGGCAUCGGCGGACGACGCUGCCGCAACAUUUGCAUAAGUGCAGCGCGGUGCCAUAAGUGCUCGUGGAGGGAGUGAGGUGUGUACUGCAAGACCCCAUCACCGACUUGGUCACUCACGUCGAGGUUCUUCUUCGAACUCCUACCAGCCUGAUAUAGACACUUUGCCACGGGUGCUCAGUAAGAUCCACGAACAGGCAUCCUUUUAACAGGUCUUCAAUUGCUAUGGGUGGUCCUAAGCAGCCGGCGGGUGCAUCACCCAUCAUCAGUCUUCUCUUCAUCAUCACAGCUUGCACUGGUCAGAACUUGAAUGCUGUAGAAACCAAUGGAGUGUUCUUUUCAGGACUCCCUAGAGCUCCGUCAGAGAUCAAUGCGAUCACAGCAAAAGGGGGCGACAUUUUAGGAAACACACUCGGAAGAGGACUGCUGGAUAAAUUCACUACCCCAAAUCCACUGAAAUCUGGGUCAACGCCGUUCGACUUCCGAUUUAAUUCCGCAAAACCGGACAACCGUUUUGUCAUGCUUCCAGCGUCCGGCCCAAGAACACCAUCAAAUUUUGUGACAAGGCCGACGUUCUUUACUGGCACCCCUCCGCGGCCGACGGCGGCACCUCGAGUGCUCGUACCCACAGUUCCAGGGCUCGCGCCACCGCCACCGCCGCCACCACCGCGGCCACCAGCACCAUUCCGGCCUCCGACGUUCGCACCAACCACACCUCAGCCAGUAACGCAAAGGCCGACGAACUUCAGACCGGUGACGCAGCGGACGACGACCCUGAGACCUGUAACAUUAAGACCUACUACUCAGCGGCCUACGACUGAGAAGUUUACAACUCAGAGGCCUACGACGCAAAGGCCUACGACACAAAGGCCCACGACGCAAAGGCCUACGACACAAAGACCUACGACACAAAGGCCUACGACACAGAGGCCUACGACACAGAGGCCUACGACACAGAGGCCCACGACAGAGAGGCCGACGACACCAAGACCCACGACAUUGCGGUUAACGACACCAAGGCAGACGACUCCGAGACCGACGGUGCCGAUCCCGACGACGCCGAGGCCCACAACACGAAGGCCGACGACACAGAGACCCGCGGCGCAGAGGCCUACAGUGCCGAGGCCUGCGCCAUCCUUGAGACCUACGAUUCGGCAGGAGCUUCCACCUACUCCAAGGCUUGCUUUCCGGCCGGGCACUUCGCAGAACACACUUUCCAGUGGGAGACAACCGACACCAUUUUUCCCCAUCAUCACGUCUCCACCAUCCCAACGUCCGCCAAGUCCAGUUGUUACAACGCGGCAACCAACUCCAUUUUUCCCUAUAAACCCUACACCACCUCCGCAGGUCGCCGAAAGGUCUUUUAAUGCCAUCAACACUGCUGGCCCCUCCGUUCCAGUUCCUUCGACGACGAGGAGACGUAUUUUUGUGCCAGCUAGUGCUCUGAACUCCGGCACGCUACCAACCACAACCACAUUACGACCACCCACUCGUCUCGCAACGCUCAACUUUGGAACGGCGUUCUCGACGUUCCGACCAGCGACACGACCGACCACGCCAGCUCCGACCGGUACCGGAUUCUCAUUCUGCGACCAAAGGCAGUGCGUGAAGAUGUGCCGUGAGCGCUUCGGCGAAAGGCUGAACUCUUCCACUUGCCUGGCGAACGCAUGCAAGUGCGAGGUUACCCAGACGUGCAGCCCAUCACUCUGCCUUCAGAUGUGCCGCAAGAACAAUCCCGGCCAAGAGAUCCUCUCCGCUGGAUGUCAGGGGGAAAACUGCAGAUGCGCCUUUAACCAGCCGUGCGAGCCGGGCGAGUGUCGUCGUCGAUGCCUCCUGGCGCAUGGUGACAAGCUCAUCUCGGCCGACUGUGCUGUCAGGAACGCUUGCCAGUGCGUCCACAGUUAGGAUGGCACAUCUGGCACUGACGGGGGACCAGUGUCUAAAUCUCCACUUCAAAUGACAUCAUAAAGGUACACGGAGAGCGUACCUGUCGCAGCCGACAAGACUGUUUUACAGCGACAAUGCCUACACUGUCAAGACAAGAUUGCCUUCACCAUCGUAUCACGACAAUGUGAACAGUGGAGUGCAAUCAGAAGUCGUUUGAAGUGAACUGAGAACGCGAAUUAUUAGGCUCAUUUUCAUUUAUUGAGGUGUGUUAACCACGAAACCGGCGCUCCGGAAAGACGUCUCCACAUUCAAGAAAAAAUUCUUGCAGACGUUUUAACCUAAUCUCACUCGUGCUUAAGAUGCUCCAAGAGCGUAAAAUAAUGUAUUCUGGAUUUCCGAUGACAUGUCCAAAGCUGUGGAUCAGAGCAAUGAUCUAUGGUGACCUUAGAAAUGUGAUAAUGUUCAGUGAUCGCAGCCAACGACAUCCAUCACGCUUUGUAAGGUCGAAGGUGUGCCUCUAAACAUUAUUGAAAACAAGGACGGGAUUGUGCAACCUGCAUUCGCCACCGGCGGCCACAUCGAGACUUCAUGCCAUGCUGUUUGGCAGCGUUCAUUCAAUCGUACCUUUCAGCAUCAACACAACAAAAAUUUCUGCUCUUAUUCUACUUGCAUUACGUCAAAUCUCCUCAGCCACUUCAAGCCAUGUGAUACUUCCAUCAAACAAAAGCGCGUGGUUCGUCAGAAUUACUGUCAAGCUCACACAUUUUAUAGCGAGUAAUUUUCAUUUGUUUUACGUUUUGAAAAUGGCAGACUUCAUCAAAGUUUGCAGAAGUCCGAGCUGUUUUCCACGUUGUUUUAUGUUCGAAUAAAAACAA